UCGUGGGGGCGGGCCGGGAGUGCGGAGAGCAAAACAGGAUGUCUGUGCAUGGGCACUGGGUAUUUCUCAAUAAACUACACGCCCUGCUGAAAAGGAAGGUGGCUAUGGUUUCAGUUUCAGACUACAUCGAGGCUGAGAGAGAAAAGCCAUGGCUGACCAGACCCUGAGGGACAAGCGGAAGCUGUUUGUCAGCUCGGUGAACACGGGGACCCUCAACGGCUUGCUGGAUGAGCUCUUAGAGAAAAGGGUGCUGAACCAGGAGGAGAUGGAGAGAGUGCGAUAUGAAAAUGCUACAGUGAUGGAUAAAGCCCGAGCUCUGAUUGACUCUGUCCUACGGAAAGGGUCCCAGGCAUGCCAGAUUUUUAUUUGUUAUAUUUGUGAUGAGGACGCCUUCCUUGCAGAGAAGAUGGGGCUCUCCUCAGGUAAGGGUCAAUGCCUCACACUGAGGUGAACGGAGGUCCCGUGUCCUUGUGCCAAUGUUUGAUUUCUUCCUUGAUCAGGUCUGUUUGCAGACAACUUCCCAGUUCCUUGCUGUAGGGCCCCAUUUUUGCAUCAAUAGGUCUACCGCAAGCCUCCUGGCUUCUUCCUUUUUGGUCCUUUGACCCCUGGAGCCUUCCUUUGAUUGGAGCUCGUUUCCCAACCUGAGUAUGCAGUAGCUCCUUUGCAGAAAUUCAUGGGGACAGUCUGAAAAGCUUCAUACCACAUUCUCCAGUCAUUCUGGCAAAGCACUGACUCAGUCUCUCUCUCUCACUCUCCAUCUCUCUCUCUCUCACUCUCUCUCAUUAAAGUCCAGGGCUCCCUGGGAACUUAUGUAGUCAUCUGAUAUAAAGACUCAGAUACUUUUUAUAACAUCUCUCCAAAAUUUGGCUCUCCAGGAGGAACAAAAUAUAUUUCAGGGAUGGUGGAACACUCAGAAUAAGUUCAGUGCUUACAGAAAAGUAAGGAUUUUAAGUGGACUCUUCCUUUUAGUUACCCCCUCCCAUUUUCUUUUGAGUAAGACUGUCCCCCAGCAUGGUUCUGGGCUGCGGACCAUUUUAUGAGGCCCAGCCCUUAUACCUCUGGUCCUUCUGAGAGCCCAAGACCAUGCAUAGACAUCUGAACUGCCCCUUCCGUGGUCACUUAGUCCCUGAACACAGCGAAGACAGGAGGUCCAGUGGAGUCCAGCCCUGGUCUCUUGGGCACUUGCCAAAGCCAUUUAGAAAGAGGAGAUGUUCUUUGAACACAAGAAGCCUUUUUUCCUGGGAAUUUGUCGAAGCUUAUGCGUGCCAAGUGACACGGCAAGCAUCCACUGAUGGAUAAUGAAUUUCUCGUUUUUCUUUCAGUAACUUUUUCAUUUAAUAGAUUCCCCCCAGUUAAAGAUAACCAAGAAAUAAUGGUAAGGGUCUAGAAUACUUUUACAAUAGCCAGAGAGCUCAUCCUGGCCCUGUUCCUCUCCCUGCACAGCCCUGGAGGCACUUGUCCAACCCAAGGGACACUCUACACCUGGAGUCGGCCUCUCCAGUCGUCACAUGAUGCCUCCCCAGUCAGGAUCGUCAUGGCUUUGUCUCUCCCUCAUCCAUCAGCCAAUUUUUAUAGGUUCAUAGAAUAUGACAAUGAGAUAUACUAUUUGGAUGCACUUUAAUGGGAGAGAUCUUUCUAAAAGAAGGUUCUUGGUCAUAAGAAGACCUA